AUGCCCGGUGAUUCCUCUUCUUCUUCAUCAGCUUCGCCCUCUUCCUCCUCCUCUUCUUCUUCUCCCCAGAUCAACUCUACCCUCUCGAGAAUACGCAACAUCGCAUCGCACAUCAUGGCGCCUGUUUCCACGACAAACUUCCCCGCCAGCACGGUGCCACAAGCUCCCGAGGAUCCCCUCUUCGGCUUGAUGGCCGCCUACAGGGCAGACCAGAGCAAGGACAAGGUCGAUUUGGGAAUUGGAGCUUACCGCGAUGACAAUGCGAAGCCUUGGGUUCUCCCCGUCGUCAAGAAGGCCGACGAGAUCCUCCGCAACGAUCCCGAACUGAACCACGAAUAUGCCCCCAUCGCCGGUAUUCCCCAAUUCACCGGCAAGGCCAACGAGCUGAUGCUCGGCGCCGACUCGCCCGCCAUCCGUGAGAAGCGCACUUCCUCCGUCCAGACCAUCUCCGGUACAGGUGCCGUCCAUCUCGGCGCCCUCUUCCUCGCAAAGUUCUACAAGGGCAACCGCACAGUCUACAUCUCCAACCCGACAUGGGCCAACCACAACCAGAUCUUUGGCAACGUCGGCCUGCCCAUCGCUCAAUAUCCCUACUUCUCCAAGGAGACAAAGGGUCUCGACUUUGAGGGCCUCAAGUCUACCCUGUCCUCCGCUCCCGAGCGCUCCAUCAUCCUUCUCCACGCCUGCGCUCACAACCCCACUGGUGUUGACCCGACACAGGAGCAGUGGAAGGAGAUUGCCGCCCUGAUGCGCCAGAAGAACCACUUCCCCUUCUUCGACUGCGCCUAUCAGGGCUUUGCCUCUGGCAACCUCGCCCAGGAUGCUUGGGCUGUGCGCUACUUCAUCGAGCAGGGCUUCGAGCUCCUCAUUGCCCAGAGUUUCGCAAAGAACUUUGGCCUCUACGGCGAGCGCGCCGGAUGCUUCCACUUCGUCACCGCCCCGGCCUCCGACGCCGCCGAUACCACGAAACGCAUCGCUUCCCAGCUCGCCAUCCUCCAGCGCUCCGAGAUCUCAAACCCUCCGUUGUACGGCGCCCGCGUCGCAGCCACCGUGCUCAACGACCCGGCGCUCUUCGCCGAGUGGGAGGACAACCUGCGCACAAUGUCCGGCCGCAUCAUCGAGAUGCGCAAGGUCCUUCGCGCCAAGCUCGAGGAGCUCGGCACCCCCGGCACCUGGAACCACAUCACCGACCAGAUCGGCAUGUUCAGCUUCACCGGCCUGUCCGAGACGCAGGUACUGAAAUUGCGCGAGGAUGCUCACGUGUACAUGACCAAGAACGGUCGCAUCAGCAUGGCUGGUCUCAACACGAGGAAUGUCGAGUACUUUGCCAAGGCGGUCGACAAGGUUGUUCGUGAGACGAAAUGA